AAGUGGAGUUGUAGAAAAAAGGAAAAAGGAAAACCUACAUAUAAAAUACCCGAAAUACCCCUAUAGCAAUAAUCUAUCUUCCUGGUUUGAUCCACUGUUCACCGAAGCUCCUGAAAAGCUGAAGUAAGAGAGAGAAACAGAGGCCUCACCCUUCACCAGAUUGCGUGCCUUGGAAGCCAAUUUAUCUUCAUCUUCCUUCUUCUCCUCCAUCUUUUAUUUAUCAGAAACCCUAGAUCUUCCACGAUAUCUACAAAUUGAUUUUUUUUUUCCUGUUUUGGUCUUUUGUUUUUUCUGUAUUGAACGAUCUCCAACGAUUCAACAGUGUCGAUUUAGAUCUGGAGAAUUCACUUCUGAACCGACAUUACAUUUCGUUAUUCUUCCUGCAUUUCGGUUUUCCAAUAGAUAAUUCUAAAGUUUUGAAUGGAAGUUUUGUUGAUCUCAUCUGUUAUACUUGAAGCAUUUUGUUUCUGAGUACAUUUGAUUACGUUGUUCAGAGAGAAUCAAAUCAGAAAACAACAGAAUUUUUCGAAAAUUUCGGAUUUUGUUAAGUUUGAUAAAAUUCAUGUUGUUGUAGUUUGAUUGAAGGUGUUUAUUAGCUUGAUCGGUAAUAGUAAUUGGUUAGGGAGCUACUAUUACUUGUUGUGUACAGUACUGUGUUUCGGAAGGUGUAAUUUGUUCGUGUGGAGCAGAUUGAGCUCCGUUAAUUUGACUAUAAUUGGACAAGGAUAGUGUUUCGAAUCCAUUAGUGUUGAUAACUGGAUACUACUGUGUCGGUUUGUUCAUAAGCUGAUAGAUCGUACAGUUGAGCUGGUUAAUUAUGUGUUAAUGGGAUCGAGAUAGUUGGAGUUUCAUGGCAAUGCCGUCGGGAAAUGCGGUGUUACCUGAUAAAAUGCAGCUUCCGGGCAGCGGUGGUGGUGUUGGCGGUGGCGGAGAGGUUCACCGACAGCAGUGGUUUCCGGAUGAGCGUGAUGGAUUCAUUUCCUGGUUACGGGGAGAAUUUGCUGCGGCGAAUGCCAUCAUUGAUUCAUUGUGUAAUCAUUUGCGGUCAGUUAGUGAGCCUGGCGAGUAUGAUUAUGUUUUCAGUUGCAUCCAGCAGCGCCGCAGUAACUGGAAUCCUGUUCUUCAUAUGCAACAGUAUUUCUCAAUUGCCGAAGUCAUGUUUGCAUUGCAGCAGGCACAAUGGAGGAAACAACAGAGACAUUUUGAUCAGAUCAAAGUCACGGAGAAGGAUUUUAAGAAACCCACUUCGUUUGGUGCUGGUUAUAGACAGGGGUAUAGGGCUGAAACUAGCAAGGAGAAUUACAAAUCUAGUUCAGAUCCUCAUCGUUUUGAUGUGAACCUUUCUGUUCAAUCAGUGAACCUAGAUUCAAAUAAAACUGAAGAAAAACCUGAAAAGAUUGAAACUGUGAAACAGGAGGAUAAGGAUAAGGUUGAGAGAUCAGACGAAAAAGGUCCAGCAAUUGCAGAGGAGAAAGAAGGAUCUGGUGGUGUGACACAAUAUAAGGUAGACGGCAGCUCAAAUGGUAUUGAAAGCCCAGAAGGUAGGAAAAAUGAAAAUUCAGAAUCAGAGGCAUUCGAUGGAGGAUGCACUUCUAACUCGACAGGGAAGAUGAAAAAUGGAAAUGAAUUAAAGAGAACACCAAUGAAAGGAACUAGUGAUGCCCUUCAGAAGAGUGAUGCAGAUAGAAUCCCAAACCAAGACGAGAAACAGAAUCCCACUCCUAUUCCGAAAACUUUUGUGGGUACUGAGAUGUUUGAUGGGAAGGCGGUUAAUGUUGUUGAAGGACUAAAACUGUAUGAAGAACUCUUUGAUAGCUCAAAAAUUUCAAAGAUUGUUUCAUUAGUGAAUGAGUUGAGAGCUACCGGACGGAGAGGACAGCUCCAAGGACAGAUGUUUAUGGCCACAAAAAGACCAAUGAAGGGGCGUGGUAGAGAAAUUAUUCAACUGGGCCUCCCUAUAUCUGAUGCAUCUCCAGAAGGUGAACAUAUGGUUGGCACCUCCAAAG